AUGUACACUCUUCUUGUCUGUGCGGAUCUGUAUGGAGAGAAGUGCAACCUGGAGCUGAGUUUUCCGUCGAUGCCGACAAUCACAGAGCUGCAACGGAAAACACUGGUGGUAUUCGCAGCGGAGGCUAACCUGAGACGCCCACACGGGUAUCCGUCGAUGGAUUUUACUAUCGCACGCAUCCAGAUAUACGACGAUGCCCUCAUGACUUGGGUAGACUUGACGUCCCCAACGCAGUUGCACGAGUACGACCAGCUCUACGUAUUCCAGCCGCAGAGCCCGUGGCACAUGGACCUGCAGAAGGACUUACCCCCGCCUUGCCCACCGUCACAGAGCCGUGCCGCUUCUGCCGUUCACUCGGCGGCCAAUUCCCCCUACAAGAAUAGGAGCCACACGCAAAACACAUCUUAUCGACAAGACACUUCUGCCGGGUCAAUGAAUAGCAGCACGGCUAUCUCGCCUACAAAGAUGCGC